UGACCCCUUUCUCCCCCUCUACCUCCCUCUUCUUUCUAACUCCCGCCCAGAGUUGAAAGGGAGGAAGAAAAAAGCUUCCUUCUUUCCUACCUCCGACGAUCAAAAACCCCAUUUCAAUCGAGCUUAUCGAUCGCCUCCUUCGAACAGAGCUCGAUCCCGGCGUGAAAAUCUUAUCUUUCCCCUCCCGAGAGUGAUAGAAGUACCGAAAAUCAGCGUUCCAGGUCAAAUCCAAGAUAAGAACGAACUGCAAAAUUGCAACUUGUGGUGAACAAAGAUGACCAUUGGAGGCCUUUCCCCGGUUGAGAAUAAGGGGAGACGAAGUAACAAAGAGAUUCUUGAUGAGAAUGCUCCCCUGCUACCAACCAAACGCGAGGAAGAUGGAGGGUUUGAUGAGUUUAAUGGAGCUUCUUUUUCUGGGGCUGUGUUUAACCUAUCGACGACCAUUGUGGGAGCUGGAAUCAUGGCUCUCCCAGCCACCAUGAAAGUCGUAGGGCUGGUGCCAGGAAUUGCCAUGGUCAUAUUCUUUGCUUUCCUAACUGAGGCCUCAAUUGAGAUGUUGAUCAGGUUCAGCCGGGCUGGGAAAACAGCAUCCUAUGCAGGCGUUAUGGGGGAUGCAUUUGGAAAAGUUGGGAAGGUGCUGCUUCAGAUCUGUGUGACCAUAAAUAAUGUGGGUGUGUUGAUCGUCUACAUGAUAAUCAUUGGUGACGUGCUUUCUGGAACAUCUUCCAGUGGGGUUCACCAUUAUGGUGUUUUGGAAGGAUGGUUUGGGGAGCACUGGUGGAAUGGUCGGUUUUUUCUUCUUCUGGUCACUACUUUAGCAAUUUUUGCUCCAUUGGCAUGUUUCAAGCAUAUAGAUUCAUUAAGACUCACAUCUGCUUUAUCAGUUGCACUAGCAGUAGUUUUUGUUGUAAUUACUGCUGGGAUAGCUAUUGUAAAAUUGCUGAGUGGAAGCAUUUCAGUGCCCAAGUUGUUUCCAAGUAUACCUAAUUUGGCGUCUGUUUGGAACCUUUUCACAGUAGUCCCUGUUCUUGUAACUGCGUAUAUCUGCCAUUACAAUGUUCACACUAUAAACAAUGAACUUGAUGACUCCUCCCAGAUCAAGCCCAUUGUGUGGACCUCGCUGGUGCUCUGCUCUACUGUCUACAUCGCUACAAGCUUCUUUAGUUUCCUCCUCUUUGGUGAAUCUAUUCUUGAUGAUGUGCUUGCCAACUUUGACUCCAACCUUGGUAUCCCAUACAGCUCUCUGCUUAAUGAUGCUGUCCGCGUGAGCUACGCUGUCCACCUCAUGCUUGUGUACCCUAUCAUCUUCCACGCACUGCGGCUCAACUUGGAUGGCCUCCUCUUUCCUUCAGCAAGACCGUUUUCUUCUGACAAUCGGAGGUUUGCGCUAAUUACAGUGGGGCUUCUCUCAGUCAUUUUCCUGGCUGCAAAUUUUAUUCCCAGCAUCUGGGAUGCCUUUCAAUUCACUGGUGCAACAGCUGCUGUUUGCAUUGGAUUUAUUUUUCCUGCUGCCAUUACCCUUAGGGAUCCUCAUGGCAUAGCAACCAAGUGGGAUAAGAUCUUAUCUGUUUUCAUGAUCAUCCUUGCUGUGCUGUCAAAUGCGAUAGCUGUAUAUAGUGAUGCCUACUCUCUUUUCAAGAAGGACAAAUCCUUGACUCGAUCUUAAGUUCUGUGAUCCUUGGUAUGUGGAAGUAAUGUGCAUAUGUAGGUUGGUAACAUUGGUUAUUUGGGCACCAACAUAUGUGGGCAUGGUCUAAGUUUGUUUAGUUCAAUAAUAGAGGGCAUCUCAAUAUAUAAGUUGAGCUACAUGCUAUGAAUGGUAUGCAAACGAUGUAUUGUAAGGCUUGUUACAAAGGGUGAAGUUGGAGUUGGAGAAUUGUAAACUAUUGGAUAAAUUGUAACUUGAUCGACCUUUGUACUUGGUUAUGUACUGGUUGACUGUGUAAACUCCUAUUUGUAUGCAUUAUAAAAUAUAUGACUCAAAUUAUUUGUUCAAUAAUUAA